AACCCCCCUAUAAAUUAGAGAGUCGAAUAAUACUGCGAGUUCUCGAAUCUGAAAUUUAGUGUUAAGGAAAAAAAGAGUCUUUGGGCCACAGAGUCCAGUGAGUCCAAAAUCCAGAAAACAAAGAAAACUUGAGAAUACAUUGGGAAAUUGUGAAUUUUGAUGUGCGCCAUCGAGACCCAGUUGCAUGAGCAUUACAAAAAAGUUGGAUAAAUGAGUGCAACGAGAGCAUUACUAGGGCCAUUUCUUCACAGAUUAUCAAAUGCGGGUUUCUGCUUGAAAUGCCCAUCCACCUCCUUAAGGAAUGAUCUUCGUGGUCGGAGUCUAUUAUCAUCAUUUUCAUCACUUACUCAUUACACUACUUCUGGGUUUUCAUUAUUAUGCGAUGAAAAACACCAACUUAAUGUGAGACGGAUAUGGACUUACCCUCCUCUUUGUAUGGGCAGACGUUCUUGCAAAAUUGCCGGUCGAAAGGGUGCUCAAGAUGAUAAGAAGGCGAAACUGUAUUCAAGGUUUGGAAAAGAAGUUGUGUCUGCUGUGAAAAAAGGCGGUCCUAGUCCAAUAUCUAAUACAGCUCUUGCUGUUUUACUUGACAAAGCAAAGGAACUUGAUGUGCCUAAGGACGUCGUGGAGCGCAAUAUUAAGAGGGCUUCUGAAAAGGGACAAGAGGCUUAUAUCGAGAAAAUUUAUGAGGUAUAUGGAUAUGGCGGAGUUAGUAUAGUAGUGGAAGUCUUGACCGAUAAAAUAAACAGAUCCGUGGCUGCUGUUAGAGAAGUAGUGAAGGACUAUGGAGGAAAGAUGGCAGAUCCAGGUUCUGUUAUGUUUAAGUUUAGACGUGUCCGGGUUGUGAAUGUAAAAGUCACAGAUGUGGACAAAGAUCAACUCCUCUCCAUUGCUCUUGAUUCCGGCGCUGAGGAUGUGAUUGAACCUCCAAUCUUGGCAGAUGAUUCUGAUGAAGAUAGGUCAGAAAGCUACUACAAAGUUGUAAGUUCAUCAGAGAACUACACAGAUAUACUAUCAAAACUUCGUGAGGAGGGAAUAAAUUUUGAGACUGAUAAUGGUUCGGAGCUACUUCCUGUAACAACUAUUGAGGUGGAUAAUGAAGCAAUGGACUUGAACAAAGAACUUAUGUCUAAACUACUUGAACUUGAUGAUGUUGAUGCUGUUUACACAGACCAGAAUUGAUAAAAUUUCUAACCGGGUAAUCUUCUGCUACAUUUGAGCUGAAAGUUUGGUUGCUGUUGAGCAGUCUAUGGAUACAGUCUGAACUUGUCCGAGCAGUCGCAUUAAAAAUAAUUUAAUGUUUCCUUCUUUUGGUUGCUUUUUUCAUUUCUGGUGGGAGAGGGGUUGAAAGCAAAUAGAUAUUUUUUCUUUUCAUUCUGAAUAAGUAUAUAUUUUACCCGAAUCGUCCCCCUAAUAAUAUGAAACUAUAGUAUCAUUGCAAUAGA